AUGUACGAAGUGUACACAGUCAGUUACAACGAGUGUAGAGGUGUCGGCGACGACGAGUGUAGAGGUGUCGGCGACGACGAGUGUAGAGGUGUCGGCGACGACGAGUGUAGAGGUGUCGGCGAUGUCUCACAAGAUGAUGAAGAUGAUGGUGUAAUUAUUCCGUUAGUUGAUCAGUUGAAACUGAAGCCUACUAUUCAAGUGAAUAUAAAUAUUUCUGGAUUACUAACCAACAGUGGACCUCGUAACUACCAAGUUGUUAAAGUGUUGCAACAACUUACUAAUAGGCUUAUAGAAGUUGUUGACCAAGACAACAAUAAAUCAGGCCAUUACUUGCCACAUCAUGCUGUCAUGAAAGUUUCAGUUAUGACACCAAUCAGGAUUGCAUUCAACUGCAGUGCCAAAUUAAAGGCAGACAGCAUGUCAUUACAUGAUUGUCUACAAACUGGCCCUAGUCUAACUCAAUUACUACAGGAUUUCUUGUUACGAUUUCGUUCCGGCAUUUUCGCCUAUACGGCCAACAUCAGUAAGGCCUUUUUAAGUGUAGGCUUGCAAGAGACGGAUCGUGAUUUUACUAAAUUUCUAUGGGUGAAAGAUCCACAGGAUUCCAAUAUCGACGUCAUUACUUAUAAGUUUGCCUCAGUACUGUUCGGAGCAACAUCUUCACUAAUCUUACUCCAGGCUACUCUGGAUACACAUCUUAAGAAGUCUAAUAGCUCUUAUAGGGCUGAGAUUAGCAACAAUUUUCAAGGCGCCACUAAUGUUGAAAAUAAACUAGUGGAAAUUUACCAUGAGGCUAACCGUGAACUAUUAGGAGCUUUUAUGCCCUUACAGUUGUGGGCGUCAAAUAACAAACUGAACUAG